UUAAUUUUAAUCGUAUAAUUUACCAGAUACUUAAAAUGACAGAAAAAUAAACAAUAUUGCGCCGUUAUAUUGAUAUUCAUCGGACGUUUUGCUGCUCGACUGCGGCUAUCGAUAGACGAUAGACCACACAUGUUUUGUUUACUAGAGCAUUGUGCAAUGUGCCUCAGAAUUGUUGAAAAUUAAAUUGAUACAUAACUAUGAGUGAGAAACAAGCACAAAAGCCCGGUGAUGGCAUACGCUCCAUGAGGAGCACAAGUGUGUUCAGAUUAAUUAACUUUGAGCUCUACACAAAGCCGAACAAAAUCAUCAUGGGCCUGGGCCUGGCGGCAUUAACUGGAGUAUUUGGCUACAUUGCGUAUAUGCGUUACAAGUACGAGAAUCUCGGUUAUUAUGUUGCCGUUAGGGAGGAUGGUCGCGAGGAGUUUGUUAAAAAGAAGUCCAAUUGGGAAACAUAAAUGAGGUUUUGUCUGGAAACUAUUUAUUACUGUGUAGCACAAUUUGGUACAAUCAAGAGUUUGUUG